AUGGCACAACUUGAAGGCGAGUUGUUGGUGCUUAUCGGGUCCGAGUUCCGUGUCGUCGAAGAUGAUGUUGUAGGAGACUGGAGUGACAGUUCCUUGGUUGACAAACUGUGGGACCAAGUAGAAGUCCAUUCUCUCUGGACGAGUGACGACAGUGUCAACGACCGUCCCUGGAUCGGGAUUGAUUGCACUGAUACGCAUAUUGACGCGCUUGGUAACAAUGAUGAAGGCCAGCUUGAUAGACUUGUGUACCUUGCCGCUGAGCUUGGCGGCACGUUCAGUCACCAUGUCACAAGCAUCCCGAACGAGUUUCACUUCCGUGUUCUUGAUAACAAUGGAUCCGAAGUUCCUGUUCUCUCCACCAUCACUUGCUUUUCCGGCAAGAGUACGAAGAUUGAUGCAUUGAUUGGGUAUUGGACACUCGACACACAGAUACUUCUUCAGAGAAUCGUAGCGAGUCUUGUUGUCAUCGACAAGCAUCACAACGAGCAUGUGGACAUCAGCACCAGCGACUUGCUUGACUGCACUCUUGACACCCUCCAAAUAUUCAGUGAUCGGUUGGCCAUCCUUCUCGAAUUCACUCAAUGGGUUGAUAUUCCAAUCGAGUCUUGUGAAGCGAUGAAGCUUGUUGUUGUACAAGGUGAUGAUGGUGGACCCCCCGAACAUCUCAUUCAUCUUCUCCUGAACUCGUUGACGAUUUCCCUGACAUGCUUGCAUCUCCUUCUUGAGAAGGUCGUACAUCGAGUCUCUGCGAACCAUCUUGAAACGAUUCUCGACACAGAGCAUCAGCUGGUCUUCGUACAUGCGGAUAGCAGUCUCAAAUCCUGGGAGAAUACUCAUGUUGUAGAGAAUCAUUCCAUCGAAGACGUGGAAUCUGCCGAUUUCAUCAGUCACAUUUUCAUGGAGCAGCAUAGUCUCUCUCAUAUGCUUCGAAUCCACUUGAGGAUGAAACUCGACAUGAAAUUGAUAGAUGCUGUAGUCGGCUUUCUCCAUUUCGAUCGGGAUAAAGUUGGCGAAGCAACGUUGAGGGCGUCCAGAAGAUCCGACUUUCGGUUCUCCAGGCUGACGGACGAAAAGAUCCGGUUGGAUCGUACCAUAGUAGUCUUGGGUUUUUCCUCCGCUGUUGUUGGAUCCCGAUCCUCGGCCUCUUCCGCGGCCACUUCCAGAUGCCAUUUUACCUGA